AAAUUACGAGCCGGCAUGAGGCCGCGAAGGCAGCACGAGUGCAACCAUGUGACGUGUCAUGUGAUCGAGCGGAGCUUAGAGAACAGGGCAGGAUCCGUUGUCACCGGCCACCGACGGUUUCUUUCAGCCUGGAGGCGCCGGACGACGAGGACCACGAUGUGCACCCGCGUCCAGCCCGUUGAGUGGACCACCGACCUAAAAAACCAGAACUUCGAUGGCAUCGUGUUGGUGACCCAGAGCCAUGACACGCUGCCCUCCGAGCUCGAGUGUCUCAAAGCUCCUCUGCAGGACUACGGCUCUGUGGACAGCGGUCUGGGGGAGGAGGUGGUGAUCCUCAAGGUCCCUGGUCUCCCUGGUAACCGGCUGGUGUUUGCCUCCACUGGCCCGGUAAACCGCGACUACGACGAUGUCAGGCGCUUCAGCGAUGCAGCAGUCAAUGGCAUCAAGCGGGCCUUGAAAGCUGGCAUGCAGCGCCCCCUGCUGGUCUGCCCUCCACACAAGGACUACAAGAACAGCACCUUGGUGGCUGCACUCGGGGCCCUUCAUGGUCUCUACAUGCCUCUGGAAGUGAGGGAGGGGAACGUGAAAGCCUCUGACUGCAAGGUGUGUGUCCUGGGGCUGUGGGCUGCGGAAGAGAAGGAGGGACGGAGGCUGGUGCAGGUAGCUGAUGCUCUGGAGAGCGGGAGGUUGGCAUGUCGUGACAUUGGCGGCUCUGACCCCGAGCGUAUGGCUGCCCCCCGUGUGGCAGAUUACGUCCGUGAUCUCUUCAAAGACAGCCCAGUGCAGGUGGAAGUAAUGAGCGACCUGAAGGUUCUGGAGAAAGAGUAUCCCUGUCUGGCUGCCGUCAACCGCUGUGCCAGCAGUGUACCCCGGCACCAGGCCAGAGUUGUCAAGCUGCAGUACUGUGGAGAGGGACCGAUCCAGAAGACACUCAUGUUGGUGGGGAAGGGCAUCACCUACGACACUGGAGGAGCUGACAUCAAGGCCGGUGGAUUCAUGGCUGGGAUGCACAGGGACAAGUGUGGAGCUGCUGCCGUUGCCGGCUUCUUCCAGAUUUUGGCCAAGCUGAAGCCCAAACACUUGAAGGUUAUUGGCUCGAUGGCCAUGGUGAGGAACAGCGUCGGUUCAGACUGCUAUGUGGCCGAUGAGCUGGUGGUUUCCCGUGCUGGUCGUAGAGUGAGAGUGGGAAACACGGAUGCUGAGGGGCGUAUGGUGAUGGUCGACCUGCUCUGUGAGAUGAAGGAGAAGGCAGUACGUGAGACUUCUCCCCAGCUGUUCACUAUUGCAACUCUGACUGGUCAUGCCAUCAGAGCCAUGGGACCCAACUACUCUAUCAUCAUGGAUAAUGGUCCAGCACAUCGUGGUGGAAAUGCUGCUCAGUGGCAGAAAGCUGGAGAGGUGUUGGGCGACGUGUUCGAGGUGUCCAGCAUCAGGCGAGAGGACUACGAUUUCCACAAGGGCAAAUCUGAGUACGAGGAUAUUCUGCAGUGCAACAACCUGCCGUCCUCGGCGACACCUCGAGGACAUCAGACCCCCGCCGCUUUCCUCAUCAUGGCCUCUGGGCUCGACAAGUACGGUGUGGACUCGAACACACCUCUGCCAUACUCCCACGUUGACAUUGCUGGAUCCAGUGGCCCUUUCCCUGGGGUGCCAACUGGAGCCCCCAUCCUUGCCAUGGCAACCAACUACAUCCUGUCUGAAGGUCUCUAAACAGAUGACCCGAGUAUAAAAAAGACUACGGUCUCUGCACUUAAUCCAAACACAACUGUAAAUGUCCAAAUAUAAACAAAAUUCCUGCCACAACAUGAAAUGCAAAAUGUGCAAUUUUUCAUGACUUUCCUUAAUACCUCAGAUGAAUUUUUCUGCAAGAAUGUUCUCUGUUUUCUGAGAUGUUGUGACCUGUCUGCACCAAGUGUGAAAUGACCCUGUUCUCAAGUGGCCUGAAUCAAUAUAUACUCAGGGGUUGAAUGGCAGUAUAAAAGUGUUCUCCUUUUUUAUGUGCUUCUGUACCUGUGCAACAAACCUUGGACAAGAUUGUGUGAUAUAUGACGGUGUGCCAGUCUGACCGAAUAAUAAUGGACAAUAAAACUAAUUUAGAAACUCA